AUGGUUACUGUCGAACGUGGACACUUUUCAGAGCCAAAUCAUCCUCGCGCAAAGGGAAACGUCAAGUUCUAUGAAGAGCUGUUAGAGAAGGAAGGUGUCAAGAAGGCUGAUAUGAGAAGGCCAGUGGGUCGCCCGUUGAACGAACGGCCACAAAGUGUUUUGGGCAACAAAGAGCGAACGAUCUACGAGGCUUUGUGCAGAAACGAAGUACCAGUGAGUGAAAAAGACAUUUCGAAGCUGUACUGCUAUUACAAACGAGACAGGCCAUAUUUAGUCUACGCUCCGAUCAAGAAUCGAAGGAAUACAGGUUGUGAAGAAAUAAAAACGGCAGAUUCCUCGUGGAAAACUUGGCGUUGGUUCAAUUAA